GCUCCUUCUCCCCGUCUUUACUGUGUUUCCCUGCUUUCACUGCUACAUCUCGCUCACGUUUUUCUUCCUGGUCCCCAAUCCUCUCCUCUCCCCUCGUCCUGAGCGACUGCGCAGCCAUGGUGAACGUGCCGAAGACGAAGAAGACGUACUGUGGCGGCAAGUGCAAGAAGCACACGACGCACAAGGUCACGCAGUACAAGAAGGGCAAGGACAGCGUCUACGCGCAGGGGAAGCGGCGGUACGACCGCAAGCAGUCGGGGUACGGAGGGCAGACGAAGCCCGUGUUCCACAAGAAGGCGAAGACCACAAAGAAGAUCGUGCUGAGGCUGCAGUGCCAGUCGUGCAAGCACAUGCACCAGACGCCCAUCAAGCGUUGCAAGCACUUCGAGAUUGGAGGGGACAAGAAGGGCAAGAGCACAUCUCUCUUCUGAGCAAUCGUGGCCCGUCAUGAUAGCGCAUGUGUAUGCGUGUGCUUGUUAGUGCCAGAUCACCUUCUCGUCCACCGUUUUGUGCCGUGUCGUCUCCACGAGAGCACCCUGCCAUCCUGCCCUGCUCACCCUGGGCUGCACUGCAUCAUUACGUCCCGCUUCAGCCGUCCCCUCCUACAGCAUGCCACACAACUCUUCCACAUCUGCAUCAGUAACAGCCCUGCUCUGGUUCUACCGUAGUUUCCCCCAUCCAUGGCAUGGCACUGCCUCGUUUGCCUUCCACCAUAUUCACAUCACAGCUCAUCUUGUGAGUUGCGCAUGUGCUGCUCACUGCAUGUCUGUCAGGCUAUGUUGCUUCAGAGUGCUUAGGCGGUGCAUCAUAAGCAUAGGCUGUACUCCACAACCUGGGAACCACCUGCCGUUGAAGCAGGCGCCAUUACUCUGAUGUAUAAGUUGCUCUGGCCCUAACCAUUAAUUGGUCUGGG